UCUCACCUUCCGUCUCCACCGCAUCCGAGCUUUUUUGCGCUGACUUUGCAUCGCUUUCUCCAACGGCUCUUCCUCUUCCUCUUCUUCUCUUUUUCUCCCACGAUACCCUCCACCAACAUCCAUCCACACGGACACCUACUCACAAUGGCUGUCCGCGCUCAAUUCGAGAAUUCAAAUGAAGUCGGCGUCUUCGCCCGCCUAACAAAUUCCUACGCCAUCGUCGCCGUCGGCGCCUCGGAGAACUUCUACUCCGUCUUCGAGUCCGAACUCCAAGACGUCAUCCCCAUCUGCCACGCCACGAUCGCCGGAACCCGAAUUGUCGGCCGUUUGACCGUGGGAAACAAGAAUGGUCUGCUUGUGCCUACAACGACUACCGAUCAGGAAUUGCAGCAUUUGCGAAACACUCUCCCCGAUGCGGUCAAGAUCCAGCGGAUAGAGGAGAGACUUAGUGCUCUGGGAAAUGUUAUCUGUUGUAAUGACCAUGUUGCGCUCGUGCAUCCGGAUUUGGAGAGGGAGACUGAGGAGAUUAUCGCCGACGUCCUCGGCGUCGAAGUCUUCCGCCAAACAGUCGCCGACAACGUCCUAACCGGCUCCUACAUGGCCCUCUCCAACCAAGGCGGUCUCGUGCACCCGAAAACCUCCAUCCGCGACCAGGACGAACUCUCCUCCCUCCUGCAGGUUCCCCUCGUGGCUGGUUCCGUGAACCGCGGUUCGCCCGUCGUCGGCGCUGGUAUGGUCGUUAAUGACUGGCUGGCUAUUACGGGUUUGGACACGACUGCUACCGAGUUGAGUGUUGUUGAGAGUGUUUUCCGGUUGGGUGAGAUGGCGCCUGGUGGUGCUGGUGCGGGUGUUAAUAAGGAGAGUAUUGUGGAGAGUUUCUACUAGAUGGGUCAUGGCAGCGGUAUGAGGAAGAUGUCUUUCAGAAAAGGGAGACUUUGGGCUGGUCUGGGCUUGUUGGGACUUGGGAGAUGGGUUCUACAUAUUGGACCUGGAUCUGGACUUUUGAGUCUUGCACUAAACACCAAUACCAACCAACAUCAACACCGACUCCGACACCGGUGGAUGAACCCGGACUCGGACUUGCACUCUUGACACUUGAUACUUGACUCUUGACUCUCUGGGGUGGAGUUGUCCUUUUUUCUCUCGUUUCUUUUUUUUUUGGUUACAUACUUAGGUCCGGCAAUGAUGAUUGAUGACCAUUCUUUGUUUUUGCUGGGGUUUGAUGUAUUGUAGAAGGAUGGCGAUGGUGUGUAAAUGGUGAGUACUGUAUCUAUGAUCGAGAGGGAUUGGAGAGAAGGACCGAGUCUUUGGUUUGAUAUACACAAAGACAAUGGUUAGUCAUAGGUAGUCAUACAACCUGAGUGGCCGUGGUCAUGUCAUGGCUGAUCUUCCUGGGUACGCUAUAUCAA